UGCGCGACUGAUGGAAAAAUAAAUCAACUGUCGUCUGUGUGCUUUUGAUGGUUUGCCACAUGCAGAGUAACUCAAGCGGUGUUUCCCCUUUCGGCAACACUUCGUCGAGAUCCAGUUCACCGCAGCCUGGUCCUUACUUUACUCGUGCACUCAAACACUCGUGCAAGUCACGGUAAUAUCCAUCGUCCAUCCCGAAAGAUUUCAGCGGACUCCGUGGCGCAACGGUAGCGCGUCUGACUCCAGAUCAGAAGGUUGCGUGUUCGAAUCACGUCGGGGUCAUGCAAACUUUUUUCUUCUCCUUCAAGCCAGCUUUCACUGUCUCUGCAGAUCAGAGUGCAGGAUGAGAUCGAGACAUGAUCAGCUUGUGUCUGGCGCGAGCUGGACUUGCAUUCAAACUAAUUUUUAUCUUCACAUAUUAAAAUAUCUUUUUGUGUUUCUUCCCCCGCCUCUGAGUCCUGGCGAAGCUGCUCUUGAUGUCGGACAUGGAUGCUGAAAACUCAGAAAGAGAGGGCGGCGCUAAGCUAUGGGGUGGUCGCUUCACGUCCGGUGGGGCCGGCACCAACGCCCUGAUGGAGUCGUUCAACGCGUCGAUUCGCUUCGAUCGCAGGAUGUGGCGCGAGGACAUACAGGGUAGUAAAGCAUACGCUACUGCCAUCAGUAAGGUGGGCGUCAUCACGCCUGAUGAAUGCGAGCAGAUCCAAGCAGGUCUGGACCGCGUUGCUGCUGACUGGGAGCAAGACCGCUUUGACAUACUGCAGUCGGACGAGGACAUUCACACUGCCAAUGAGCGGAAGCUGCGGGAGUAUAUUGGUCAGGUGGCACUGAAGUUGCAUACUGGUCGUAGCCGAAAUGAUCAGGUCUCCACCGACAUGAGGUUGUGGGUUAGACAACGGGUGGCUGAGCUGCGUGGCUACCUGGUGGAAUUCAUCGGCGUGUGUCGCAAGCGUGCUGAAGAGGAGAUAGAUGUUCUGAUGCCCGGCUACACGCAUUUACAGCGCGCCCAGGUUGUUCGCUGGAGCCACUGGGUGCUGAGUUUUGCCUGGCCUAUGAAACGCUAUGUGGAGCAGCUUGACGAGAUAGCGGCGCGUGUCAACGUCAUGAGCCUUGGAAGCGGUGCUAUUGCCGGAAAUGCUUUCGGCGUGGAUCGGGAAGCUCUUGCUGAAGACCUCGGUUUCAAUGGUGUGACUGAGAACAGUAUGGAUGCCACUGGGGACCGCGACUUUGUUGCUGAGUUUCUGAUGUGGUCAUCCCUGGUCAUGGCACGCCUCAGCAAGUGGGCCGAGGACCUGCUGUUGUUCAGUAGUAAAGAGUUUAAUUUUGUGGCCAUUGCCGACCAGUACAGCACUGGGAGCAGUCUGAUGCCGCAGAAGAAGAAUGCCGACAGUCUGGAGUUGAUCCGCGGCAAGGCUGGACGUGUAUUCGGACAUAGCUGUGGGUUCCUCAUGACACUGAAGGGCCUGCCGAGUACGUACUGUAAGGACUUGCAGGAGGACAAGGAGAUGUUGUUUGACGGAAUGGACACGAUGCAUGCCAUUGUGCAGAUUGCUAGCGGGGUGCUGGCCACGCUGACGGUUGACAGCGAGAAGAUGUCCUCGGCUCUGAGUCCGGACAUGCUGGCCACCGAUCUAGCCUACUAUCUGGUCCGCAAAGGUGUACCGUUCCGUGAUGCUCACUCGUUGUCCGGCUCAGCCGUGGCUCUGGCUGAGAAGUCUGCCAUUGCCCUGUCCAGCUUGACAGUGGAGCAGCUAAAGACUAUCAGUGAGGUAUUUGAAGACGACGUCCGGUCCGUGUGGAACUAUACGUCCAGUACGGAGCAGUACUCGUCGACCGGGGGAACCAGCCGCCGUGCAGUCCAGGAGCAGGUGGACAAGCUUGCCGCAUGGCUCACCUCACCAGCUCCCCGGUAGCCAUGUAAUCAUACCCCAGGCUGUGGCGGUACACUGCCUGCAGUCUGUGUGCUACAUACACCCUGAGUCUACCGGUAUUUGAAACUCUGAAGGUCGAUCACCAGUCUUGUAACUUAUGCUACUGUUAACUUGUAAGCCCCUGAAGCACUUUAAUUAAAGGUAACUUUGGUGACAGCGCCUAAAUGCCGGCCAGCCAUUGGUGUUAUGACUGUGAUGAUCGGCGGGGUGUGCCGGAGCUCACAGUUCUUCUCGGGAUUAUUAUUUCCUUGCUGCGGGCCUCCACAAACCAGCCUGCCCAGUCGUUGUGGCCUCCCUGCCCACAAUAACACCUCACACUUUUACAAGCAUGCAUGCGCAUGCGCUGUUGUAGCUGCUAAACGUGAUGAAAGGAAAGGAAAUUUCGUGCUUCAUCAUGUCAUCGUGUUAAGCUCAUGCGCACGUCACCAAAGUCUGCCAAGCAUCUUGCUCCAGCUAGGGAGUGACUGAGUGUUCUGUCCUGGGACUCCUGUACAUUAUGUCGUUGCCGUUUUACACAAGGGCCGAGCCCCAACGCCCACACCAAGCAGCACCAAGAGUUCUACUCCUGGUUUAUUACCACACGGCAACACACAGAACAAUCUCGCUUCAAAUAGCUUUCCUCAUCCUUUAUUUUUUAGAUAACCACAUCGAAGUGUCGUUCCGAAUUUAUAACACAUUUCCUUUCUUCCAAAAGCAGUUUCUCUUUUCUUUACUCAAUCUGUUCUUUAUGGAAUAUGAUUUUUGUUUACCUGUCCUUGGCUACACAAAAUGAAAACCUCAAUUUUUGUUUACAUAAUCAUACCGGAACAAUGUCUCUUUGCGUACAAGCAAGAGCACAUGAA